ACAACGCACGUGUUUACGUUUUUGGCAAAUUGAACGCAAUUCCUUAUUUCUUCGUUAUUUUCGGUUAUUAAUUAAUAGCCGACAAGCAAAAUGGGCAGAAAUAAUCGCUCCCGAAAGCGCCGCGAUGAGAUGAAUAAGAUAAAGAAGGCGCGGUAUGAAGCCAAAGAGUUGAUUCGCCUGAAGAAAACUCUGGGACUCCUGGAUGCCGAUGGAAACGAGAUCAUGAAAGAUAUCAGCGAUGUGGUCGAAGUUAAGACCUCCAAGGAGCUCAAGAGGGAAGCCAAAUCCAAGGAGGAGCAGGAACUGAUUUACGAGCACCAGGAGAGUCUCGAAAAAGGCGAAAAAGUAAAAGUAACCAAUGAAAAUACGGGCGUGGAGCACGUUUUCAACAGCAAGACCCUCAAGGAUCAGUACGGCAAUUAUCCUGCGUGGUUCAAGAAGAAGAAGACCGCCAAGCGUCUAAGGAAGAAGCAGCACUCGCAGAAGAAGAACUUCAAACAGGCAUGGACUACGGUUAAUGUACCCCUAUAAAUCGGGGGAUAGAGCUACCCUUUUGGUAUCUUAACAUAGUUUGUAAGUCCCCGCUUAGUUUAGUAGGUUUUGUAGGCCAUUUCUACAAAGAUGUUAAUAGCUAAGACUAUAUAUUGCAUAUUAAAGCCUUAACAAGUUUAUAAAAA